GAGAGAGAGAGAGAGAGAGAGAGAGUGUGUGUGUGUGUGUGUGUGUGUGUGUGUGUGUGUGUGUGUGUGUGUGUGUGUGUGUGUGUGUGUGUGUGUGUGUGCGUGCACUAUAAAGUUAGGCAGAGAAGUUGGACUUAGCAAUAAGUGUUAUGUGUAGAACUAUAACUGGUCCCUGGUCAAUAAGGGUGAAGGUCAGUACAGCUUUAAGCUCGACCAGCCUUUAGUGCCGUAAUCAGGAUCUGUGAGUAAAGCACUAGAGCUGAAUGUUUGUGACCAAUUAUGUAAAGAAAAAAUAACAUUUCAGGUGUGAAUGAGAAUUAAAACUCACAAAACCUUCGUCCUUCGUGCAGCCGCUUUAACACCUUUCUUUAUGCACACGCAGGACAAAUACACGAUGUUGUUAUUGGAAAACUUUUAAUGUUUGGUGUAAAAACUAAUUGCCCCCCUGAACAUUCCGACGUCAUCUUUCGUUCGAUUCUGAGAGCUUCUGAUGUUAAAAUGGGACGUGCCCAGAGAGAUUAAACCUGAUGAGGGGGGGAAUGUGAUGUGAUGAUGUUGUGGUUUCUACAGAUCGUCGUGUCGUCAUUAUGACGCCGCUCAGAACUUUUAACGACGGUGUAAUUAAAAGACACUUCGCUAAAUCUCCCCCAAACCCUGCGUGCUCGUGUGUGCUGCUGAAAUUCUUCCUUUAACGGCUCAAAGCCCUCAGCAUGCUUCCUGAUGCGGGGAUUGUGUGUGAAAUCGCAGGUGGAGCAACAAAAAGACGCAGAGGACGAGAGACGCCUCGGCUAUAACACGACGCCGUGCUCUCACAACGGGUUGCAAGAAAGGCGUUAGUCUUCCACCGAAUGUGAACGGACGAGGAAGAAGGUAGAGGGCGCUCUUCUCUCUGGUGGGAGACGAUCCAUACAUACACCAGUUUUGGGAUUGUAAUCUGGAUAAGAAGCUUCUCAGAUCACAGACCGUUCUUCUUCAUGGAGUGUUUAGGCAGGAAAUGAGGCUUUAACGCAGUCCACCCACUGUGCUGUAAAGUAUUUCUGAACGUUUGCGUACCGGAUAAAGUUAUCGCUCACGUCUCGAGCUACACGCCAAGCAAUAGCAACGAUCCACUGUCUGUCUGGUGAUUUAAACCAGGUGGAGCCCUCAGGACAUGUGCAUGUUCAAACACAAAGGCGUUUAUACCACAUCACGAGUGCACUGUAUGUACAAGAGAGAGAAAUAUCUACUGUAAACAGGAUCCAGACGUGUACAUUUAUUAAGAGAUCCUGAAGACCGAAGGGGGUGGGUUUGGGGUGGGGGGUGUUUUAUGAUUGACCCUUCUGUCCUUUCUGCUUUCUCUCCUUGCAGAUGUGUUUGUGUGUGAAAGCCAGAGCAGAGACAGAUGCGAUACGCUUAUUUAAUUUAAUCUGUAUUUUAUUUUAUUAUUUUAAUUUUUUUUUAUUUAAUUUAAUUUUAUUAUUUUUAUUUUUUUUAAUUUAAUAAUUUUUUUUUCAAUUUUAUUUUAUUUUAUAAGCAUAGCAUGUGUAGGAUAAACCCCACACUGUUUCGGAUUUAACCUAAUGAUGAGUCUCGCAGUGUUGAAAGAGCUUCCUGAAUGUUUUCAUGUUUUAUGUUUUUUUUUGUUUGUUUGUUCGUUUUUGUUUUUUUCGGACAAAUUGUUUGUCUUUGUCUAGAUCAGAAUGUUUGCCUAAUUAACACACGCGCAAAAAAAAUGUUAUCGACUGUUUUUUUGCGAUUGCAAAAGAAAAAAAAACAAUGCCAUAACAAACCAGCUGCCUUUUGUCGUUCAUUCUGAAUCUGUGCUGUAAUAAAUAACGCAGCGUUAAUAUUUUAUAUUAUAUAAUGAAACGAAUUGCACUUGUUCUAGUGAUUCUAUUUAUUCGGGGUCAUCCGGCGCAGUCGUUACUGCUUUAAUUCUUAACGUUGAUCUGGUGAAGGUUGAGGUGUUUUUUUUGUUUGUUUGUUUUUUAUUAUUAGAUCUUUUACUAGACUAUUAUAUGAUGUCAAAAGUCAACAAACAAUGUUUAUUUCACUGUUUUACGCCUACUUUGAAGACGUCGUCGAGCGUCGUUGUCGAGCGUCGUUAGGACGUACGGGUUCAUUUCUUUUUUAUAAACUUUAUUCACUAGAGAGAAAACAAAUGUUUUCUAGAUGUCCGGCUUCUGACAUCUCACGUGUUUAUUCCUGUACAUAAGCAGACCUUUUAUUACAGAGGAAUUUCUCAAAAAUAUUUAUUAAUUGUUGAAGUUUUGUUAGAUUUAAUGCUGAUUAACGGAAUAAUAAAAAAAACACAUUUUCUUCACGUUUUCUAAAUUUCUGUAAAGGUUUUCGUCUUUACAGUGAAAUAAACAUUUUAAUUCCAGCAUCGUCUUCUGUUAAUUUUUUUUACUAAGUAUGCAAAUUUUUCACAUAUUUAUUUAAGAUGAAGACACGUUUUCUUUAACUGUGAUUUAUUAUUAUUAUUAGUAGUAGUAGUAGUAGUAGUAGUAGUAGUAGUAGUAGUAGUAGUAUUUUAUGACAAUAAUAUCCAUCUUCACCUGUAGUGUCUCUCCUUAAGAAGGUAUAGAGGGAAGAAAAACACAACACACAGGAUUCUGCACAAGAGAACAUUGAAAUUAUUUUCCAUAUCCAAAGACCGGACCGUUUUAUUUAUUUAUUUGUUUAUUUAUUUGCCCAUUAGCUGACUUUGCUUGUCACGGUGAUGGAGUACGAGCGCCACCCAGUGAUUGCACUUCGACGGGUCAAACCGGUUCCUCCGCAGGCUCCUGGGAUCUGUGUCCUUCGAUCGUUCCCCGUUUUUUCACGAUCUCCGUUCCACAAAACGUGACAUCAGGAAGGAUUUCUACAAACAUACAUGACGGUCGUACCAAAAAUCAAGGAUGCACUGCUUUCCAUUAAAAAAACAAAAAACAACCCCAGUGUCUUUGUUUGAGUUUGAAUUUUGAAAAGAAGUGAUUUGAAUAUGAAGGUUUUCGUGCUCUCCUGUUUCCUGUGGCGGACACGAAGAUGGAACGUUUGACACGAAGCUGCUCAGAGAUGCGUCCGGCUGCGUUUUGUCUGCUUUUUCUCGCAGGGACCUUCAGCCUGGGUUCCUCUGUGCCAUGGCAGUUCUUCUACGUGAAUCAGAGCAUGACCUGGGCCGACGCUCAGACAUACUGCCGAGCAAAGUACAUCGACCUGGUCACCGUAGGCAGCAUGGUGGAAGAAAACAUCUUGAUUGCGUUAGUCGCAACUGCUGCUCCCGGGUACAGCGGCUCGGUUUGGCUCGGACUUCAUCGGACCUGGGGCUGGAUUACAGGAGAACCUCAUUUAGGCCACAUUCCUUUUGGAGCUGGGGAGCCAAAUGAAGGGAAUGAUGGAGCAGCAUGUGGAGUGAUAAAUAGUUAUGGACUGGGAGACUGGUUCUGUUCGACUAACCACUACUUUGUCUGUUACGAUGACUCAACUACCCCGGGUAAAUUCGUCAUGGUCCAACUUUCUACGAACUGGAUGAACGCUGAGGUUUAUUGUAGACGAUAUUAUGCAAAUCUCGCCGUCGUCACAACCUCUGCAGAACAGCAACAAGUUACUUCUCUGUUGAACGGCGACGCAUUUAUCGGCCUGAUCUCGGCACAGUGGUCUGAUUACAGUUUCUCUGCGUUCCGGUACUGGGUUGGAAUAUCAGACCUGGAGACAGGCCUUGUUAAUAAAUGUGUUGCCAUGGUGAUAUCUGCUUCUGGGAAAUGGAAGUAUUUUGAUUGUUCAACUCCAAAUCCAUUCAUAUGCUAUGGAGUUCCUUCUUCGCCGUUCCAACCUGUCUCUCGGCUCUACCACGCUGUAAGAUAUCUAAAGACCUGGCCGGAUGCUCAGAGCUACUGUAGAACAAGGUUUACUGAUCUGGCCACUGUGGACAGUGUGGGUGAUGUGUACAGCGUGAUGAAUCAGGUGGAUCUUAGAUACACUGGACUUUUAUGGAUUGGGCUCCAGAGUGCAGCAAACACACGAUGGUGCUGGUCUACAGGAGAUGAAGCUCUCGCCAAUUACUUUAACUGGGCCAUAAACAAACCGAGCGGAAAUUUCAAAUGUGUAUCAAACAUGAACGGAUGGUGGAGUGAUACUGACUGUCAGACACCGCUAUACUUCGUGUGCUACAGUGAAGGUGAGGGUUACGUCAUGGUCAAUAUUUACAAAACAUGGCAAGACGCUCAAAGUUACUGUCGAAGCACCUACACUGACUUGGCCCGCAUCCGCUCUCCGUGGGAACAGAACCAGGUGAACGGUGUUGUCGGUAGAUGGGUUUCUGUCUGGAUUGGCUUGUUUCUCAACAGCUGGCAGUGGUCUGAUCAGUGGAGCGGUUGUUUUAGAAACUGGGCGUCGGGACCACCGAGUGUCGGAACUGCCACCUGUUCUGCUGUGGAGACAGGAACCUUUGGAAGAUGGACGACCGACAUAUGCACCACACCGCACUCUUUCGUCUGCUAUGGAGAUGUGGACAGGAUGACUAAACAACAGAUCAUGCAGAUCAGAUUGGUUUUCAGCGGAUCGACCGACCUGAACGACGCGUCAGUGCGAGAUGCGAUCAUGAAUCAAAUUAAACAGAAAAUGCAAGCGAAUGGAAUGAAUCAAAAUGUUAGACUGAGCUGGAGAGUGAGGACUGACGGAGGUGUCUUCAAGAAAGCUGAAACGUUUUAAAGUCAUGGGUUCAAAACCUACAGAGUUUCUUUUAAUAUAAAUGCAUAGAUUAACAGGGUGUUUGGUAACAAAGUCAGUAGAGAAAGAUUAGCUUCAUUACUUGGAAUGUAUAUAUUGACAUCCCUUAAUAUCUACACUUCAAAAAUGUGAAAUUACUGAAUUUUGUAAAAUCAAAAGAGUAAAUAAAUGAAUCUUAUAUAUCUAAA